ACCGAUGCGACGCUAUCGCUCAGUCACGAGAAAGGGGCGGCCUACCGUAUGUCGCAAUAAGGUUAUGGAGAUGGCGAUAAGCUUCGAGCAAUACCUAGAGGUAUCCAUCCAUGGAGAUGGCAGCUCGCUCGGAUGAACAAGAGGCUUGAUAGGGGGCAGAAGACAGAAGGAAAAGAUGUCGGUUCAGCUGCGGUCCGUCUGAAUUGAAACGUUCCUGAGACGAGCAUCGCGUACGCCACUGUCGCAGAUCACCCCAGCGCGGCUACCCCAAGCUUCUGUGCAACCCCCUGGCACACUCUUGGCACGUGCUCUCAGUGGUUGGGGCUGUACGCCCCCACACAGAGCGUUGCGUGCGAGCCGGGUCCCGAGCAGGGGGGUGAGGAGCCUCCAUCUUAACUUUAAAGAUGAAGAUGGCGAUGUGAUUGGCGGUAGCUGCGGCAGGGGGUUCCAAAGGCUCGAGGGAAACGAAACACCAAGACGUCGAGGUCCUCAGUCCUGCCAUCUGAAGUGCUGCUCUUGGGUUGCCGUCUGACGGGAAGCCGAACUCGAUGAAGCAGAAGCCCCGGGCGGCGCGCCCUGAGCGCUGGAAACGACCCUGGGCAUUGCCUGAACGAGAUUUCUUUCGAAGCAAGCAGUGAUUACUGCGGGACCCGGAAGGGCCAGCAGCCGCCGGGCCACCAGGGCGACAAGGGGAAUCCUCCUUGGCUGGCCAUCUUUAUCCAUGGUCGUUUCCCAUCUCAUGACGUUUUUCUUUCCCCUCCCCUCCUUCUUCUCUUUCUCCUCCUCAUCCCACGCCUCCUUGUGUUUUGUCUAUUCGUUACCCAAAGCACUGGUCUGCUUUUGACUCUCCUUUUUUCAAACAAAAAACAAAAACAAAAGCAGCUUCAGUCUGUCCUUGUCUCUCACUCUUUAGUCCAUUCAUUGGAUCUAUUCAGCUUUUACAGCUUUAAUAUUUUUUAAUCUUUUUAUACACAACCUACCUCAGGCAGGUCUUGUCUUAUUCUUUUAUACAAGCAGCCGGACUGGUCUUUGCUCGAACUCGACAGCUUUGGAACGAUAACCGAAAGGACAUUUGGAAAGAAACGGGAAUCUCUCUCUCUCGCACACACACACACACAACCGACAUAAUGCCUUCAUUCACAAAGACACUUGGGGUGGUUGUUGCGGGACUUGCGGCUGUUGCUUCGGCCCUCCCAUCAAUUCCCAAGCUCAACAAGGCCCAGCUGAAGAUGUACCAACACGCGAAGCGUCAAAACGCUGCUGCUCAGGCUCUUGGUAUCAACGAUCUUGACAUUCUUCAAUUCGCCCUCACCCUCGAAUGGCUCGAAGCAGCCUUCUACCAGCAAGGCUUCGCCCGCUUCCCUGUCACCGACUUCCAAGCCCUCGGCCUUAACGAGCGCCAAAUCGAGGACCUGACCAAGAUCGGCAAGACCGAAGAGGAGCACGUCGUGCUUCUCCAAUCCGCCCUCGCCCAGGCCGGCGUCCAGCCCGUCCAGCCGUGCACAUACAACUUCGGCUUCACCGACGCCGCCGGCAUGGUCGCCACCGCCGCCGUCCUCGAGAACGUGGGUGUAUCCGCCUACCUCGGCGCCGCCGCCCUCAUCUCCGACGGCUCCAUUCUCACCACCGCCGGCUCCAUUCUCACCAUCGAGGCCCGCCACCAGACCUUUGUCCGCGCCGCCAGCGGGGUGGUUGCCGUCCCCCAGGCAUUCGACACCCCUCUCACGCCGAAGCAGGUCUUUUCGCUCGCUGCGCCUUUUAUCGAGAGCUGCCCUGAGGGGUCGAACUUGAUCUUGACUGCGUUCCCAUCCUUGGCCUUGGGCGCGGGGAUUGACGCGGCGACUGUUACUGCUGGUACUGUCAUCCGGUUGGAGAGCGAGGCUGCUGCCGGGGCUACGCACUGCGGCUUCACUACUGGUGGCAACCCCGGCGGUACCGUCUUCACUACCUUCACGCAGGAGGCCGGGUGCGAGGUGCCCCAGAACUUGGCCGGUGUCACCUAUGUCAGCUUGACCAGCGCCGGUCCUUUGACGGGUGUGAUUACCGAUGAGAUUACCGUUGCCGGGCCUAUGGUUAUGCAGGUGUCAUAAGCGGCUGGUUAGCUGAGCUGGCUGCGGGUUGACGAGUCGAGACUUUUCUUUUACUUUUUCUCUUUUCCCUCCUGGACUUCUGAUGGUUGUUGAUAAAAGGGGGAAUAGGAGUUGGGAGUCAAUUGGGGGGAAAGGGGGGGAUGGAAAAGCGGAAGAGCUUAGACCGAGACGCCUUUUGUUUAAAAGAAAACAAAAAACAAAACAAAACACGACUUUCGAUUCUUUCAUUUCUCUUCUACCUAUUACCUAACUCUCUCCGCCGUAUACCACCGACAUUACCAUGUCACGACUGUUACAUACUUCGUUUUUUAUUUUUAUUUUUUUUAUCUUUUGAAAUUAUAAACUUUUUUUACUGGG